AUGAGACUCCUCUUCCUGAUACUUCUGGGAAUCUGCUGCCUCGCGGCAUGCAUUGUGGAAGGUGUGGGGAAUGAAGUUCCAGAAAGGAAUGUCUGUGUGAGUUUAACAACCCAGCGACUUCCAGUGAAGAAGAUCAGGACCUAUGUCAUCAGGGAAGGUUUCAUGAAAGCAGUCAUUUUUAUUACCAAACGUGGUCUCAAAGUAUGUGCUGAUCCACAUGCCAACUGGGUGAAAGAUGCAAUCAACCAUGUGGACAGAAGAUCCAAUGCCAAAAGGAACACAGUCCAGACCAACCCUACAGGAACCCAAAAGUCCAUUAAUGCAACUGUGACAUUGUCUGGGAAUUGA